UUUAAAUGAUGAUUUGGUGGCUUGAUGUACGGUUUUGCUUAAGAGAGGCUACGUGCCUCUACUUGUCUGGGAGUAUAUUACUUUGCUUACAGAGUACUCCAUAAUACUUGUCCACUUUGUCUGAGCAAUUUUCUGAACAAUACAUACCAGAAACUCACUCAUCAAAGCUAUGCCGCAACGAAUUUUUGGUCUCUUCAAAAGCUUCCUCACGUCAAUAAUGGCUUCACCGAAAGUGGUCCACGAUUUCUUCCCCUUUUUCCGCGUCUACGAGGACGGCCGCGUCAAAAGAGGAAUCAACUACGUCUCCAAACCUCCAUCCGACAACCCUGCAACCGGCGUCAGAUCCAGAGACGUCGUCAUCGUACCGGAACACAACGUCUGGGCUCGCCUCUACCUCCCCAAAAUCACCGACGAGGGCCGAAAAUUCCCCGUUCUCGUCUACAUCCACGGCGGCGCGUUCUCCGUCGAGUCCGCCUCCUCCUCCACCUACGACAACUAUCUCCACGCGUUGACGGCCAAGGCUAACGUCCUCACCGUUUCAGUCGAUUACAGGUUGGCCCCGGAGCAUAAGCUCCCCGCCUGUUACGACGAUUCCUGGGCGGUUAUUCAGUGGGUCGCGUCACACGCUCAGGAAACCGGACCUGGAUCCGAUCCGUGGCUGAAAAGUCACGCGGAUCUCGCCCGGGUUUUCCUGGCGGGCGAUAGCGCAGGGGCCAAUAUUGCUCACAACAUGAUGGUGAAAGCAGGUGGGAGUGGGUUGAAGCCGGCGGGAAUGUUUCUGGCCCACCCGUAUUUUGGAAACGGGAAGCUUGACAAGCUGUGGGAAUACGUUAACCCGGAAUCAAAGGGUCCGGAUGACCCGAUGUAUAACCCAGCGGCUUCUCCGGAAAUUCUCUCCGGGCUGGUGUGCUCGACAAUCAUGGUGAUUAUUUCGGAGAUGGAUUUCAUCAGAGAAGGGGGGUUGAAAUAUUACGAGGCGCUGAAAAAGAGUGGGUGGGGAGGAAAAUUGGAGCUCGUGGAUGUGGAAGGCAAAUUGCAAGUACACGUCUUCCAUUUAUUGAAUCCGACCUGUCGGAAAGCGGGUUUACUCAUGGACCGGGUCGUUUCAUUCCUCAAUAGCCUAUGAAUCCUAAUGUUCUGGAAGUACACGUCUUCAGCUUUCAUGAUUUUCCAUUUCGUCUCAUAUUCUUGCUUUUUGGGAAUUUGGGGUUUUUAUUAUCAUGUAUAAAAAUGUUUAAUGAUGUAUUUGGUUUGGUGUCAAGGGAUUGUUUAUGGAAAUAAUGACUACAGUUUGGAUUUUGAAGUGGAGCGGUAUAAGUUUAAUUUUCUAGUUUGUUCUAUCUUUUUUAGUUUUUUUUUUUUUUUAGUUUUUACACUAAGAUUUACCUUAAUUCUUAUACUGCCUUCGUUUUUAAAUAAAU